AUGCCGAAGCUUUUUAAAAUUGCUAAUAAGGACCUCAAGGACUCGUACGAUAUCGAAGACCUACUAAGCUAUCAGUCGUUUCCAUUCAAAAUGAUGGGUUUGCUCUCAUUCGAUUUUGAGAAGAGAAUCCCCCCAUCCCUACUAUCGUCCUACAAUGUCCUGAAAAAUAUUGUUGGUUUGCUUGUGAUAUUGUUGCCAACUGCUCAGCUCAUUUUCUUAAUAAAAACCUGCUAUGAUGAAAGGGAUGCGGAUUUGUUGUAUCUUGCGAAUCUAAUAACGUCCGUUUUCAUGCUCGGAGGGAGCGCGUGUGUGUUGACGCACUUGUUCGUGAAAAGGGAUGAGUUGCAGAGUUUGGUUGCGUUUAUAAAUACGCGAUUCAAGAGAAGAUCAGAGAAAGGAUUAGAAUAUGUCACCAUAACAACGGCUUAUAGGGUUACAUUGUACAUAACCAUCGUUUGGAUCAAUUUACCCGCCGCAUCUGUGCUUUUCUGGAGUUUUGGCAGUGUGUUUUCUGGAACUAGAGAAUUUCCAGUACACUCCUGGUAUCCCUUCGAUGCAAAGCUCCAGAAAGGAAUUAAUAAAUUGAAAAACGCCCUUUUCCAGCAACUAUAUGUGUUUGAACUUAUUUGUCUUAUUCAAAUCGUCACGCAAUUGAUAAUGGUUACAAGUUAUGCAAGUAUAAGCGUCCUGUUCCUAUCGAUGGUCAUUAUGUCCUGCAGUCAGCUGGACAUUCUAUUCUGUGAAGCAAAGAAUUUAUGGUUUACCUCAGCGAUACAUGCGGAUUAUAACUCGAGUCUUCUAAGGUUAUAUCAACGGAAUAAAAUGAACCAGGAUGAAGAAGUUAAUCAAUACUUCUGUAGCACUGAAAUUCAGGAAGAUUUCGGUCAUCUAGAAUAUGAUAAUGAAGAUACUCGCGAUUUAGGUUCCCCUUCUUUCGAGAUUACUCCUAGCCUUAGAGUGGGUAUGCGUUUGGCCAUCAAGAGAAUCGCACAGCACCACGCGAUGAUUAUGGAGUUCGGGAAAAAGCUGGAGUCGCUUUACAAUUUUUUGGCGUUUCUUCGCGUUGGAGAGAUGACCUUGCAGUUAUGCUUUUUGGCGUUUGUUGCAGUACAAGCUAAACAGGACUUCAAAGCUUUUUUUAACAACGUUCAAUACAUAAUUUUGACUCUUAUCGACUUAUCACUUUAUGCAUACCCAGGGGAAAUGUUACGACAGCAAAGUGUUAAGGUUGGUGAUGCUCUAAUGAGGGCUCAAUGGUCUGAAAUCAGCAGAUACUUUAAGAAUGACAUCUUAAUAAUUCAAACAUGUUCGUUACGACCCAUCACUCUGUCAGGAGCUAAAAUCUUUCCGCUGGACAUUAGCCAACUCAAAAUGGCCGUUACAACAGCAUUUUCGUACUACACAUUGCUUGAAAGCAUUGCUGCACGGAAGGAUUAA